AUGGCUUCCAUCUUCACUUACGACCCUGACCCGCCCAGGGUCUCCUCGCCAUGGUCUACUUCUGGGUCGUCCACUCCACAGUUGACUGGGAGUGGCGCCCGCAUAGCGAUUCGGACUCGCUCCAGCACAAAUUUGAACCAAGCAGAUGCCGAUGUCUUAUCGGAUUAUGGCAUCAUAAAGUUGGAGCCAGAGCCGCAGGAAGGACCAACAGAGUACAAGCUUCAUCUCCUGUUGCGUCCUCGACGUUUGUACGCAUCAAUGUCCACAGGCCACCUCGUGGGUGGCUCAUAUCAUUCCCGUGCGAGCUUGUCGACUUCUGGACCGACACCUUCAAGCUAUGAGUCGCAAUUGAAGCCGCCCCAAACUCGCUCGACCCAGAGUCGCCAGCAACGACUGCAGCAAUUGACAACCCAGUUGUUAUGGCGCCUACAGCAGUCUUCGCCGUUUCAUUCUUCUACCGCUGCCAAUCUUGUGCUUCCCGUUCUCCCGGAAGCGACAGCUGAACUGGAGACUCCGCAGAAACCGGCUCGCUUGCUUCCUGGCCUUGAAGAGAGCCAAGGCGCUCUGUAUGAAAUUGGCAUCGCCGACGAUGGAACCUUCGUUGGAUUAGCCCAAGACGAACUGGAGGAAAGUCUCUCUAACUUACAAGUCAUGGCUGCCAGUCUAGGCUGCAAGGUCCAGAUUCUCCGACGGGUAAUUGUAGGAAAGUGUGAAUGGACAGACGACGUGUGUGCUGGAGAUAAUGACGGUGCGAAGCACCAUACAGGACAUCUCUGGGUUGCCGAAGCGCUGGUGAGUCCCGAUUGGGAUUAUUACCACGUUCGAUCGCCCAGAAAGAACUCCCACGAAGGAAUCUCUCCAUCUGGAAAACAAAAAUCGGAUGUUUUACGCGAGGGAGGCUUCUCCACAACAGAGCAAAUUCGCGUCUCCAUCUCAGGACCUAGUACGGCCGGCAAAUCAUCACUUGUAGGUACUUUGACUUCGUCCGUACUUGACAAUGGAAGAGGAACCAGCCGACUUAGCCUACUAAAGCACCGCCAUGAGAUCUCCUCCGGAAUCACGAGCUCUGUUGCUCAUGAGCUAAUUGGAUACGCUCCCAAUAGUACGUCAGCGUACAGCGUCGAUAUAAUCAACUAUGCAUCAGGCAAUGUUGCAGCAUGGGAUGAUGUGCAUGCAGCCUCACAAGGUGGCCGCCUGGCAUUCGUCUCUGAUCUCCCAGGCUCGGUGCGAUACUUAAAGUCUACACUGCGUGGUUUGGUUAGCUGGGCACCGCAUUAUGCGCUGCUGUGUAUUCCUGCCAAUUGUGAUGAUGAUACCUCGCCGGAGUUUGGAAACAGCGGUGCUGAGCACACGACUGAUAUCAAACUAGCCUUGUCACAUCUUGACCUGUGCGUCAAGUUAAAUACCCCUAUCAUUGUGGUAAUCACUAAGAUGGAUUUGGCAUCUCGCACGAGCUUGAGAAACACACUUACAAGAGUACUCUCUGAGCUGAAGGCUUGUGGCAAGAAGCCUGUAAUGCUACCUGCUCAGUCAAUCGCAUAUGAUAAGACCGUGGACCUGCAGCAUUUAAAAUCAAACGAUGGCCUAGAAGUACGGAAGAUUAUUGAUACAACAGAUAACUGGCUGUCUACGGUCCCUAUAUGUCUUACGAGCGCUGUUGACGGAUCAGGUAUUGGCAAAUUGCAUGCGCUCCUUCGGUAUCUUCCCAUACCUACCAGGCCGCCACUUAGGACAGUAUCCAGCGUAAAGUCAAUCCCACCGCCACAUCUUCCCAUGAAUGUAUUCGACGUUGACGAAGUGUUUGCUAUUCCCCCAUCGAAAGUCUACUCCGUUUCCUCGGAAGAGCUUCAUAAGGAAAAUCAUGGCAUGGUUCUGUGUGGUCUAGUGCGCUAUGGGGCUAUCUCAAUAGGAGACGAAAUGGUUAUCGGACCGCUCCCAGCCAAUACACCACCCGAGCAAGGAGCUCGAUACCGACAAGAGCGGCGACCCGAUAUGCAGCCACAGGAUGAUUCUGGUCAAAGCCGGCCGCCCUCGAGGGACUUCUCUUCCUCUUUCGUCCAAGGACUCCUUUCCGGCAAGGCUCCUUUUCCUGCUCAAGCCCAUUGGCAGCGUGUCCGUGUUGUCAGCGUUCGAAAUCUCCGACUGCCAGUACAAAAAUUAAUACAGGACCAAGUGGGCACAGUCGGAGUCGAGCCGCUCCCUUCUAACCAAGUGGGACAGUCGGCGCGACUCGGCAAGGUUCGCAAAGGAACUGUGUUGGCCAGUUUUGGAGCAUCUGCCACGUCCAUCUCUAAGUCCCUCUUGUUUCACACUGGGUUUGUUGCUAGCUUUGCGUCAAGUGAAUUCGCUUCUUCGUUGUCACCCCCGUUGCUUUUGGGUGGCAAUGCAAUCGUCUAUAUUGCAAACGUUCGAUCAACCGUGAAGGUGACGUGCAUGGCGCUUGCCGGAGAUGAUAUCGUCUCGAGACCACCGUCUCCAGCAGAGCCUGAAUUCUUCGAUUUUGAUGGUGAUAUUGCUGAUCGCGAACGGGAUGGUGAGUCAGAAGUGAACCAGAUGAUCUGUUCCUCUAGAAGUGCCGCUCAAGAGGAGGUGAACAUCACAUUUUCAUUUGUCACGUCUGUGGAAUGGAUUGAAAUUGGCUCCCGGGUGCUCCUUAUGCCUGGAGCUUCGUCUGCAUUGGCCUCUGCGCACAAUCCUACUUCACCGUCGGGACUCGAAGGUUUUGUAGGGAGAGUGUGCGAUGUGCUUCAUUCUGAGACUACUAAGUCCUGA